AUGGCUUCUACCGAUAAUACCGAGAAGAAAAUCGAUGAGCACAUUCGAGCUUCAGAUUCAACCAACAUCGAGAAAGGUGAUAUCGUUCCACGAGAUGAAAACGCUGCUACGAGACACGAAGAUCAAACAAUCGCCAUUCUCGAACUCGUAAAAGCUCAAAAUGAGCAUCAUCCUAUGCAUUGGUCCGCCUUCAAACGAUGGGGAAUUGUGGUCAUAUAUUGCUUGUUGCAAACCUUUGUUACUCUUACCAGUACAACAUAUGUAUCUGCCGAGUUCUUAAUACAAGAGAAGUUUGGAGGAACUACUCAAGUCGUGACUCUCGGUCAGAGUAUGUUCAUUAUGGGAACAGCGGUCGGUCCUACAUUCUUGGGUCCAUUAUCUGAUCUUGGUGGUCGUAAAUGGAUUUACGUUGUUAGCAUCGCAUUCUAUGCAGUUUUGAACUUUGGAACCGCAUAUGCCCUCAACCUUCCUAUGCUCAUCAUCUUCAUGUUCCUUGCGGGUACAGCUGGUUCUACUGCCCUAUCGAAUGUUGCUGGAACAAUCUCGGAUCUCUUUGGAGAUAUUGAUGGUGCUGGACAAGCAAUGGCACUUUUCGUCAUGACUGCAAACAUUGGCCCAUCUCUUGGAUCACCCGUUGGGGAGUGGAUCGCCGAUAAUGAGGAUAUGGGUCUCAAAUGGAUCUUUUUAAUCAACGUAAUAAUCGGCUUUGCAUUCUCUAUCAUCUUGUGUUUCAUUCCAGAAACAUUACCAAGAUUGGUCAUUGCAAAAGCAGCUGCAAAGAGUGUAACCGUCGAUGAGCAAGAAACUGCCAUCUUGACUGGUAGACUCAAUGUCCUUCAAGAAAUGAAGUUCGUCACAACUAUGACAUUCAAAAUCAUGUUCACAGAGCCAGUUGUUUUAUUCCUUGGGUUGUACAAUGGAUUCGCCUACGGUAUCCUCUUCUUGUACCUCGAUGGAGUAUUUGAUGUUUUCGUCGUCAAUAAUGGUCUCACUUACAUUGGUGCCGAUCUCACAUACCUCAAUUUCGUCGUCGGAGUAGUCGCCAUGUUUUGCUUCGUUCCGGUUCAAACUUGGUUUUAUGCUAGAGAUCGUAAGAAGCAUGGUAUUAAUCGCCCCGAAGCUCGAUUUAUCACUUCUUUGGUAACCGUUUGGCUUUUCCCAAUAACACUGCUUUGGUUCGCAUUCACGUCGGAUGGAAGCGUAUCCUAUUGGUCACCAGUUGUCGCUGGUGGCGUUCUUGGUUUUGCGGAUCCAUUGUUGUGGCUCAGUAUGCUUAAUUACAUUACUGACUCCUAUCCCAACGUCGCCGGUGCCGCUAUCGCAGCUUUUCUUAUUCCAUCUUUUGCUCUGGCAGCUGGUCUCGCUCAUCUCGGUGUUCUCAUGUUCGAUAAUAUGUCGACGAAGUGGGCGAUGGCUACGGGCUUGGAUUUCGAAGUUGAAGUUGAGGGGAAGAAGUUGAAGGAGAAGAUGGGGGGGGGAGAUGAGGGGGAAGUGAGGAGGAAGAAAGUGGGGAGGAGAAGGAAGGAUAGAGGAAGGAAGGGAAGAGGGAAAGGGAUAGGGAUAGGAAGAGGGAAAGGGAUGGGGGAGAGGGAGAGGGAGAGGGAGAGGGAGAGGGAGAGAAGGGAGCAGGAUGAGGGAAGAGGGAUGAGGGAGAGAAGAAAGAGAAAAAGGAGAGAAGGUGAUGGAUAUGGAGAUGGAGAGGGAGAGGGAGAGAAGGAGGGAGGAAAAGAGAUAUAG